GACUCCAGAAGAGCAUCAUGUGAUUCCAUUAUCAGCUGCUACAGUCGCCUCGACAGUCAUUCUAUAUUAGCUAGCCACAUAGACUAUACAGGAUCCCUUCAUUUUUACGCGUUAAGCUCCUUUUUUGUUCGUGGUACCACAUUCAAAGAGUAAGAGAGUGGAGUAUGCCACACUUCAGAGCAUCUUAAGAAGCAAACAUAGUACACCUUCUUCUGGCUGGAAUCCCUCUCCUUGCUGAGGGUAAAAAACACAGAACUCACGAUGAGGGGUGUGAGUGUGUGUGUAAGUGUGUGUGCGCUGUUUUUGCUGAGUGUGUGUUCAGCCCUCAUCUGUCCUGAUGGAGGCAUGUGUGAGGAUGGAGACACCUGCUGCCAGACGCCGUCUGGGGGCUACGGCUGCUGCCCGUUGCCCAACGCAGAGUGCUGCUCAGAUCAUUUGCACUGCUGUUUCCAGGGGACACUGUGUGAUCUGGAACACUCCAAGUGCAUCAACAAGACUCACUCUCUGCCUCUAGUCACGAGGAGACCAGCCAGACCACCCACUCCAGCUCUGCCCUGGGAGGAUGAGCGUGCAGUCAUCUGCCCCGACGAGGAAUCCGAGUGCCCAGACGGAACCACCUGCUGCCAGCUGAUCGACGGCACCUGGGGAUGCUGCCCCUUGGCAAACGCGGUGUGUUGUGAGGACAAACGACACUGCUGCCCUGAGAGAACCAAGUGUGAUCUAGAACAUUCCAAAUGUGUGUCUGCCACACUGGGAUCCACUCCUAUGUGGAGGAAGUUCCGCGCCCGCAAGAGAGCGCACUCACCAGAUAGGAGUGUGGGCUCCAUCACCUGCCCAGGUGCCAAAUCCGCCUGUCCUGACGACACUACUUGCUGCUUGAUGAAUUCUGGAAGCUAUGGCUGCUGUCCUUACCCUGACGCUGUGUGUUGCAGUGACAAGGUCCACUGUUGCCCCAACGGCACCACCUGUGACCUGGAGCAGCAGAUGUGUACGUCCUCACGCACACAGACACACUUCCCUCUGGCCCAAAAGCAACCCGCUCUGCUCAUUCGACUGCCUGCUGCCAAAGAUGUGGUCUGUCCUGAUAAAAUCUCCACCUGUCCUGACGAAACCACCUGCUGUGCCCUCGGCAAUGGCAGCUACGGAUGCUGCCCCAUGCCAAAGGCGGUGUGUUGCUCUGAUCACCUGCACUGCUGUCCGGAGGGCACGACCUGUGAUCUCGCCAAGAGCACCUGUAUGUCCACCAACGGACGCAUCGCCUGGGCAACCAAAAUCCCAGCUCUAACCCCGCCCCAGAUCAGAGCUUCGGCGGUGCCCUGUAAUGACUCGGUGGCGUGCGCCGAUGGGAGCACCUGCUGUAAAACUGCAUCUGGCGUCUGGGCCUGCUGCCCCCUGGAGGAGGCGGUGUGUUGCCCCGACCACACCCACUGUUGCCCCCACGACACGGUGUGCAACGAGCGGGCCAGCACCUGCGACGACCCCACCGACCCCCUGGCCUCCGUGCCCUGGCUGGAGAAGACGUCCACCUUCGCCCUGGACACGCAGCCACCCAAUACCAAGUGUGACGAGAGCAAGUCCUGCCCAGACACCUACACCUGCUGCAAGACGACCGCUGGGGGAUGGGGAUGCUGCCCGCUACCUGAGGCCGUAUGCUGUGAGGACCACCUGCACUGUUGCCCCCAUGGCACCACCUGUAACCUGCUGGCCAGCACCUGUGACAGCGCCCGCGGCCCCGUGCCCCUGGUGAGGAAGGUGCCCGCCCUGAGCGCCACGUUGCCCGCCGCGCCGGUGCCAUCCCAUGGGCUCAUGUGUGACGGGCACACCAGUUGCCCCGACGACAACACCUGCUGCUUCAUGCACAAAGCCGGCAAGUGGGGCUGCUGCCCACUCCGUCAGGCGGUCUGCUGUAGCUCAGGUGACCACUGCUGUCCCAGUGGCUUCACCUGUGACGAGAAGCACACGUCCUGCACCAAAGGUCGCCUUGAGAUCCCCUGGUACAGGAAGCAGGAGGCCCGGGUCGUCCAGGGGUCGGCAGGGUCAGAGGUCGCAGAGGGUGUGAUGGACGUGAAGUGUGACGACGAGAGCAGCUGUGCGGCGGGCUCCACGUGCUGCAAACUACCCACUGGAGACUGGGGCUGCUGUCCUCUGGUCAAGGCGGUGUGCUGUAGCGACCACGAGCACUGCUGUCCGCAGGGCUACACCUGUGCGCUGGAGUCCGGUACCUGUGUGAAGCCCUCGGACUGGGCCGCCGCGGUCCCCCUCUCGCCGCUGUCCGAGGCCCAGCAGCCCUCCCAGGAUGUGCAGUGUGACGCCGAGACCCGCUGCGACACUGACCAGACCUGCUGCAGGACCUCCCCCGACAGCUGGGCCUGCUGCCCCUACAAGAGGGCGGUGUGUUGUCCUGACAUGAAGAACUGCUGCCCCAUGGGAUACAUCUGCAAUGCUGAGAUCCAGGGCUGCUCCAAGGGCUCCACGGGCUCCAAGGGCUCCACGCUCACCUGGUGGGACAACAAGUUCUGAGAACCACCUAGAGACUGAGCAGUUGCACUACUAUAUAUAUAUAUAUCACACACACACACACACACACACACACACACACACACACACACUUGCACAGAAUAGUCUACAAAAAACAGUCUGUGAAAAAAUCCAAACACUGGUUAAAUACACACACACACACACACACACACUCUUUCUUCUCAGACAUCUUGCUGAACUGACACACACUCCAGUCCAGUGCUGUUGGGUCUGGACCUCUGGAACAGAAGGGACCUUCCUCUCUCUCUUGUAGUUCCUCUCCUAGUCUUUCAAAAUCAGCCAUCUACUCAAACACUCUUUUCAUGUCUUUUCAUUUCAGAGUAGCUGCCACAAGCGCACCAAGUGAAAGAGACUUUUUUUAAUUUCCCAAAAGCCUCCUCACCCGUAUGUCUGUUCUGCUUCCUGUAUGUCUGUUCUGCUUCCUGUAUGUCUGUCACCUGCUUGUGUUCUAAUCCGCUCGUACCUAGGAACUGUCUAGUGAGUCUCGGUUCUCUCUCACAGUAGAUGAUUAUGUUUCAUGUCACUAUAAACUAAUGCUGAGAUGGGCGAUGAGGGGGUUGUUUUUAUUUUAUUUACACUUGAGUCAUUUUCCUGUGUCAUUCGAGCAGGCGUGUUGUCUGUAGUCCCAGCAUUUCGAGGUGGCAAUCAGAGGGACAUGAAUGUAACCGAAGUCCCUCUGCUUUGAAGGAGGUUCUGUGGGUGUGCUGAACUUGUCACCCAGGUAACAGAGUUUUCCUUGAUGUGGGCUGUCAGGGUUGUAAGCUGGUCCCCCCCACUUACCAGAGUUUCCUCGGAUUCGAGAUGUUGGUGUGGUAAACCGGCUAUCCAGUUGGCAGGAACAUUAUGGGAUGGAACUGGGCCCGUACAUGGCCUUCACCUGAUCUAGACCCCAACCCUGACCCCACACCUGGCCCCUCACCUGAUCUAGACCCCAACCCUGACCCCACACCUGGCCCCUCACCUGAUCUAGACCCCAACCCUGACCCCGUGUGAUUGAGCCCAGACUAAGAGGCUGUUUGGGAACAGCUAACAAAUGCCAUCAGUGUUUUUUGUCGCAACCUCUGAGGCAUAGCUGAUUCAUAAGGAAAGUUAAGAACUUUGAUUAGAAAAGGUGGAAAUCAAAUCAUAAAUCCAAAGAGUUUUAGAGCCUUUUUUUAGUAACCUCUGUGACUGUUCAUUACGGAGCCAAAAACGCAUGACUUCAGGAUAACCCUGUGACUUGUUUAUAAAGGCUUCCUGGUUGAUUACAGCCAAGUAAGACUGACCAGCAGUGCAGUUUUGUGUCUGAAUGUCCACCCCCAGGAUCUGUGUGGUCCAUGUGCAUGCACUCCCUACUCCUCCUCGUUUCCUGUUUGGAUUGUCAUGACAACACAUCACACCUGCAUCCCUGAUACCUGCACCAGCUGCUUCCACUUUUAGUGUCACUAAUGCUUUUUAUUCAUGUCAAUCAAAUCAGUGUUAGCACAGCUUUUAAUUUUAGUUUUAGCUCAUGCACUUAAGAGUGACUUCUGGUUAAAUGGGGUGUGCCUUAUCGUCCUAGAAAUUCAGCUAACUGCUUACCCAAAUGUAACAUCAACCCAGAAGGUGGCCAGGCCCUGGGCAUAGGCAGGACACUGCAGUUAUCUGGGCCAGGUGAGAGCAGCGUCAUGCUUCACAAAGUUAGCUGUUAGCUGUUAGCUCCUUCUCCACGCUGUUUGAAGGGCCUCAUUCUCCCAUGAUCCUCAGGGUGGGGUUUCCUGCUGGACACAUGGGUCUCGUGUGUCCAGUGAGGAUGAUUUACAGCUAGAGUCUGAACCAUCUGAUUCAAAUUUGUUUUAAAAAAACAUGGUUAUUUUUUAGUGUAUCUCUUUUAUGGUCAGUCAGAACAACCUCUUGACUUUUAGGAAAUUUUACGGAUGGCGGAAAGCGACAGAUUGUCUUUGGACAAGGAAUAAAGAGCUGGCUUUACUCUGGAUCUGUUUUUAUUUUACUAUUAAGUGAUUUUUGAUUAUUACUUUGUUUGAAGUGGAUCGGUUGUCUUUUGUUUAUAAUUAUACAAGUGAAGGAUUAAGAUGGAAAAUAAAAAAAAGGAAAGAAAACCAUU